UAAGCUUGUGUGUUUCUGUUCUAUCUUCCUUAUUAAUUUUCUCCCCUCUCUUUCCAUUAAUCUAAUCCCAUAUAUAAAUAAACUCUCACUUAGGGUUAGGGUUAUAUCAGUUCUCAUUUCCUGAAUUCCCUAAAAAAAAAAAAAGAGAGAAAGCUUUCUCCUUUUUUCCCUUUGUGAAUUUGAACAAAACCCCCAAAUUCAGCAAAGAUUGGUGGGUUUAGAGCUUUAGGGGAUUCCCAAACCAUGAAGAAAAGGCUGGUGGUGGUGAAGAAAUCUGAUGGCUCUAACGGGCGACGAAACCACCACUGGUCGGCCAGUUCGGGAUCCGAGGUGCGGUACGCAGAGUGCCAGAAGAAUCACGCGGCGAAGCUCGGGGGGUUCGCGGUGGACGGAUGCCGAGAAUUCAUGGCAAGAGGAGAGGAUGGGACUGAGGAGGCUCUGAAUUGUGCUGCUUGUGGUUGCCACAGGAAUUUUCAUAGAAGAGAGGUUGAUGCUGAAGUUGUUUUUGAGUAUUCUCCUCCAAACUCCAAUUAAUUAUCAUUUAAUUGAAAGGAUCAUCAAUCAUCAAUCAUCAAUCAUCAAUCAUAAAAACUUCAAAUUGACUAAAAGGGUUUGUGUUAUAUAUAUAUAAUAUAAUACUUUCUA